CCCGGCCUGGCCGGCCAGGCCUGCCAGGCCACGGACAACAGCGGCCAGGCGUACAGCAUGCUGCGCGACCCCGCGUCGCAGUUCGUGCUCCUGACGGCGCCGGGACUGAACAUCGGCGACACCAUGCCGCGGCCCAUGCUGUGGUCGGGCCUGGCGCCGCCGCUGCUGCUGCCGCCCAUGCCGCAGAUGCAGCACAUGCAGCACAUGCAGCGAGGCAUGCUGCUGGACCCCAUGAUGACGUCCUCGGCCGUCUCGGGCGCCGGCUCCAUCGAGGCCUCCAUGACCAUCUGCCAGGCACUGCACACGUCGCGCACCGUCAGCGGCGUGGGCCUGGGGAUGACGGCGCACUCGCAGAUGCAGACGCAGAUGCAGACGCAGAUGCACACCCACCACCACUCGAUGAGCGCCGUGUCCAACGUGGUGGCCCUGCCGGCCCUGCCGGCCCUGCCCGUGCCUCCCCUGCCCUCCGUCGCCGUGUCCCUGGCGCCGACGCCGACGCCGACGUCCACGCCGUCGUCCUGCCCGCCGCUCCUCACCGUGGCCUCCAUGUGCCACAGCUCGGUGGAGUGCAACUCCACGCCCUGGCCCGUCGUGCCCCUGCCCCAACAAGUACCUGAAGAGAUACAUGAGGCCAUUCCACCUAAAUGCAUAUCAGAUGGGGAGUCUGCUGUCAUUACCCAAGUGGCUGAUCCAUCUAAACAGUGUUCUGCGAGUGUUCAAACUCAAAUGGAUAGUGACGUAAGCACAAAUGAUUUCUCACCGGAACACUAUGGGAGCCCAGCUUCUGAUAAUCAAAAAGAAACGGAAAGCAGCUGUGAUGGACAAGACAAUGACUGUUUUACAGAGUCCUCACCCCUUGCUUCAGAGGGCAAGAGGGAAGAAUCGAUCACUGCAGAUCCAGCUCCCCUCCUGGCUGAGGCAGAUUCCAUUGGCGAGCAGGAGCAGUGGACAAGAAGUCCUGUGCCUCAAAUAUCAAGUAGUAAUGUGGAAUGCCAAGGAAAUAUUGAGGAGUCAACAACUGUACCUGAUAAACCAAAUCAACUAGAUAUAAGUGGACUCGAGUUACUGUAUAAAAGCAUUGAACAUAUGGAAAGCUUAGAGAUGAAAAAGUCUCAAGAGAAAGAAGUAGCUGUCAAAAUUGAGCCUCUGGCAGUUGCUGAACAGCCAGAGUUGCGAGGUUUGGGCCUUCUUUGUGCCCUAGCUGAGCAGAGAAUACAAGAGGAAAUAAAUAGUGAAUCCAAACCAUUCAAACAGGAAGAAAUGCGAUCAGUAAAUAUUCCUAAAUCAAGUACUGAUGUUAACCGUAAUUAUAAGUCUCCGCAAUCGGAGCAAGAUGUUCGACGUUACCUCGCCACUCGCACAGAAUCAGCCAACACAAAUGUAACGGCUGGUGGUUUCAAAAUGACACUUUUCACUGAUCCACUGGAAAUAAAGAUGCGCAGUCGCUUGGCGGAAUUACAACGCAUGUACAGAAAUACUCAAAGAGAGCUUUCCCGCCUUACUCCCAAAAGGCAUGGUACUGAAGCAGAAAGUAGCGGUGGAAACCAUGUUGGACAUUCACAUUCAAGACGCACACCAGCAAAAAGUAGUCAGACACGCAAAAAGAAGGCACCAUCCAGAAAGAGGACUCCUCUUAAACCUGAAGUUCUCAGUGACCCACUGCCGCCCAUUUUGGAGAGGGUAACAGAUGUUGCGGAAGCCCCUCUGCCCAAACUAAAAUGGUCUCGCCUUGAUGCACCUCCUACCCUCACUCCGCACAAACCUCCAGAAGAUCUGGCUAACAGUCAUCCAACAUCUUUUAAGUUAAACCUUGUCAAGUUACCUGCCACCAAGGAUCAAAAGAGGCGCUGGAGUGUCGAUACCCCAUCUACUCGAGUGUCAACUGAAACUCAACAUGCUGAUGAUGAAGAUUCUGACGGAUUGUGGUCGGAUUUUGUUUCUAAAUCACCCGAGAUUUUGAAUGGCAAUCGUAAAAGUAAGCCUUUGAGUGAGAUUUCGUCCUUGCACUCAUCUUCAAAGCGGCGUAAAGUAGGAAGACCAAAGAGGCAUUUGGAAAACACAGGAAAUGGACAUUAUUCUACAGAAACCAUUGUGCCAAAGCAGCCCCGAAACAAGGCCAACCUUGUCAGUUUUCUCUUGGCGAGUAAGUCAGCCGGUGCACCAGGCAAAUUCCCAAGCACUGAGCACCAUUCAAAGGAAAACUCAAAACUUAGUUCUGUGGACUCCAGUCCGGAACAUCGACCAAAGAUUCGUCCUAAGCUUAAAGCAGAAGUUAAGAUCAAAGAAACAUGGGAAGAUGAAGAUAUAUUGGACUGGUCCACACCAAAACCUCAGUUGCCUUCUCAUCCACUUCGGCCUUUGGAUCUGGUCUUUGAAUGUAUGGAGGAAAUCAGUGCAAAUGGGCGGGAAAAGAACUCUAGCCUUAAGCGCAGCAGUGUUGAUGAUGACAUUGAUUGGUUACCAAAAAGGCCUAAGACUCCAGUCCUUUCACCAAAACCUGUAAUUGUCCCUAAUUUCACCCAGCACAAACAUCCUGAAAAGACUGUGCCUGUAGCCAAGGUCAAUAAAAAGCCAGUUGUGCCUCCAAGAGAAAGAAGACAGUCAACAGAAAAGCACCUCAAGAAACCAGUUUGCUCUUCAGUGCAUGAAGAGUCCAUGCCACCCAAAGUUUCAAAUAACCCUGAGAGUUGUGUUUUGACUGCUGAAAUAUUGGAAACUGCUGAUCUGCCUGUUAGAACGUUGACAGCUCAAGGUGGAUUGUUUUAUGCUGGGAUGCUCAAUGCAGUCAUGCCCCCUGAUCUGUACAGCAUUGUUCUCCAUGGAGAAAGGGCAUCCAGGCCAAAUAUAUAUUCACGAGAAGAGAUACUGCAAGAUACAAUUCUUGAAGUACGACCUACAAAUGUUGAAUCUUUAUCUGUGGGCACUCGUUUGUGUGCAUACUGGUCUCAACAAACCAAAUGCCUAUACCCUGGUGUUGUUGGCUCCCCUCUAACACCCGAUCCUACUUUAGAUGGUGAUUUUGUCACUGUUGAGUUUGAUGAUGGGGAUUCUGGUCAAAUCAGAAUUCAAGAUGUACGCUUGCUUCCUCCAGACUACCCAUUUGUUGAAUUUGAUCCAAACCCAUUACUGUCUCUUACCAAGAGGAGGCGUAGGAAUUCUGAGAAGAGUGUUGAGUCGAAAGACAGACGAGUCAGUGCUGACAGCACAGCUUCAUCUAAUGUUUCUGUGUCAGAAACCUGUAAGGAUGACAGCAAGACUGAAUUAAGUCAAGCAGAGAUUACUGAGAAUGAAAGCAAGCCCAUGAAGAAGAAACGAAAGGAAAAACUGAAGAAAUGGAUGUCAGAAAGAGCAACAGAAUCGUCUUCAGAUUCAAGGAAGCAUAAACACAAGCACAAGCACAAACAUAAGCACAGGCAUCGACACUCAUCAUCAGGCAGUAGCUCAGAUUCUCUCUUGAAAACAGAUCUGGAGGGUUCAGUUUCAGAUGAAUUAAGGCCUAUCAUCAAAGAUUCAUUAAGCCCUCAAUCACUGGUGGAAGAAAUCAGCCCUGUUAAAGAAAAUGUCAAAGAUUCAGGGGAAAGUAUGAAAGGAGAAGAAGAUGAAAAAAAUGAAGAGGAUGAAAGAGAGGAGGAGGAGGAUGAAAAAGAAGAGGAGGAUGUAAAAGAAGAAGAGGAUGUAAAAGAAGAAGAGAAUGUAAAAGAAGAAGAGGAGGUAGAAGCAGAAGAGCCCAAAAGUGAUUUAGUAAAAGUCACUGCUAAGGAGACUGAAGCACCUAAGCUUAUCAAAAGUGAGGAUGAAUUAACCAGUUUUGAUGAUGACUCAAUUCGAGGAAAAAAGCCAAAGAAAAAGCAUGAGCGGCAAAAUUCUACAGAAACAAGUAAGAUGGCUGCUUUUCUGCCACCUCGCAAGCUAUGGAGUUGGUCAGGUAAAGGGUACAAGCGACAAGGUGCCAAAGGCAGAAAAAAGGAGUUCUUCAAAAGCAUUCAACGAGACAAAGAGCAAAUCAAUGUUGGUGAUUGUGCUGUGUUUUUAUCAACCAACAGCCCUGACAGGCCCUAUAUUGGACGCAUUGAAUCAUUGUGGGAAACCUACAAUGGAAUGAUGGUUGUGCGUGUCAAAUGGUUUUAUCAUCCCGAGGAAACAGAAGGUUGCCCAUCAUUAAAGCAUUCGGGUGGCCUCUUUCAGUCUGAUCAUGCAGAUGAUAAUGACGUCCAAACAAUUUCUCAUCGUUGUGAAGUACUCUCUCUCUGUGAUUAUGAGAAAAAACUGAAUCGACAUUCUGCUCAUCUACAUGGUGUAUACUACCAAGCAGGUGUUUAUGAUCCCAAAAAUUUACAAAUUAAAUUGGAGAAGGGAGUUGCUGGAUGACUGUACAUUAAAUCUCAAAUCCAGUUCAUACUGUGGGAACUCUUCGGCCUUAAGGUGGAACCUUGGCCACAAAGACUGUGAUACUGGCAAAACUUAAUUGAUGUUGCUUUACUGUUGUUUUUUUUUGGUUUCUUGUUUUUCAUGUCAGUUUAACACUGGCUGUGCUUUUAUCCUUAAUAUAGCUGUGUACUUUAAGUCUAAUGCACACCGUACUAUGAUUUUAAUUAAGUCACAUAGGGAAUAAGAUUCCCUUAAUAUUUAUUUUAAAAAAGGGUGAUUUUAUUAAGUCGUGGUGAUUGUCUUAUACAGCAGGAUCCCAUUUUGGUUUUAAUUUUAUUACCUUAACACAUUUUGUGUUAAAAUUUGAACUAGUAUCCUGGUAGCGCGUCUGUUUCAACACAGUUACAUUUUACAAAACCUAUCUGUAAGGAACUGUUGCUUCUAGCAUUGUCAUAUAAGAAUUGUAUGAAAUUUUUUAACUUGCAAUUAGCUUGACAUUACAUAUUUGGACUAUGCUUUAUUGUACAUAGCUUUACAUCUAGAUAUGUCUACUUUUGCCUGUGCAAUUUGCCCCCAUCCAAACUUGAGUACUGUGUCGUGAUCCUUACUUAAAUUACAUUAUUCAAGAAAAACUUUGGUAGAUUUUUAGAUACACAUAUCCUUAUUGUCUUAUGUGUAGUAAAGACCAGGUGGUACAAUUACUUGUGGUGACAUAGGAAGUAAUUAAUUUACUAAUAAAUUGAUUAAUUACUGAAAAAUGAAAAAAAAAGCUUUUAAUUUGAUGGUAGGCUUUGCAUUUGCCUAAGGAUUUUAAAAACAUGAUAAACUUCUUCUUUUCCAUUAAAAAAGCUUGUGGAUUUUGUCAUUUGUAUAUUGUAUCAUGCAUAUAGGCACACAGUAUACUAUAAAUGUGAUUGUGUUUCAAUGUCACUUUUGUAGACAGUAUCAGUUAUGAUGUAUUGUAUAAAGCAUCUGCGUCUAUAUACCUAACUGUCGAGUGGUUUGACUUCGCCAUUCAGUUGGUGGUCUGAAAUUGGCCUUUGAUUAUCAUUUGUGUAAGGUUUUGCACAUCCUGCUGUAAUGGCCAGAAAACUUUGAUAAUAAUGCAUGUGAUGCCAGAUUUCUUGUUGUGUAUGACCUGUGCUAUUUUUUUUCUCUCUUGAUGCUUUUGUGCCAUAUAGGUUAACAGAAAAAUUUGAAUCCGCUGUCCUUUAAAACAACUUAUUUAUAUUAAUAAUGCCGUUAUGGCCAGUUCAUGGAUGACCGAGAUAUAAUUUUAAUUUGUAGAAAAACAAAGACUUAAUGCACUGACACACAUUAGAUGUGCAACUUUUUUUUUAACUCAUAGCAGUUGUAUUUGCUGCUGAGUGCAUAUCAGUGCCAUUCCUACAUGAGCUUAUGUUUCAUCUUCUCUAGGUUGAGUGACACUUUUUGACUGAUACUUAUUUUGUCAUGAGUGCAUGGCAACUGUUGGUUUAGAGUACUAAUUGGCUGUUGAAAUCGAAAUAUUUUUAAUAAUCUGAAGUAGAAUUUUACUAAUAUUUGUUAACUGUUAACCAAGCACAGGGCAUACACACCAUAUUUCUCUGUGGUAGCAUUGUUGCACCAUACCAUAUGGUACUUGUUGUAUAGAGUUUUGGAAGGAAAGAAAAAAUGGAGUGAGGAAGUGCAGGUGUGCUCCAUACAUAGUUUGUUAUCUUUGCACAUACAGAAUAGGUGAGGAAAUGUUUAGAAUUACUUACAUAUAUUCAUGUAUGAAAUCUUUAUAAUAACUUAUAAAUAACUGUAUAACUGUAUACAAUUCAAAUCUUGUGAUACAUAGUUUAGUGAUACUGCAAUCAUUUUUUUUCCUGUUUAUUUUGGAUACAUAGAUGUGUACAGACAACCAUUUAGUGAUAAUGUAUUAUUUCGUUUGUAAAUGUUUUAGGUAUAAUGCUGUCAAGGGGCCUCAGUCAUUACUAGUAUUUACCAACUCACUUGGUUAUGGAGUCAGGAGUUAAUUGCAAAGGGGAUUUUAGGAAGUUUUUUGUUUUUGUUUUCCUAAACUUUUAUUUCAAAGAUAGGGCCUUAUACCUACUUAAACCUGUACCAUGUUCAUCUGACUGAGGUACUUGGUGUUGUGAGGUUUAUCAUUGGAAAAAUCUGACAGUACUUAUUUGGCCUCAAGAGUAAAGAAUCUUUCUUUUAUGCACAGCUUAGUCAUAUUUAUCCUGACAGCGGAUGUUACUUGCUGUACCAUGCCCCUGUGAAACAUUAUAUCGUUUGAUUAAAGUUUUAAUUCAUUUUUUAUUUUUAUGUCUUCUUCAGAUAUUUUAAAGUUUUACAAACAUUGUAUCUCUCACUGAUAUGGUUACUGUGACUUGCGAUGUCACAUGCGUGAUCUAUCAAUAGCAAUCAGUAGCAGCCAAGUUGUGAGGUAGUAAGUUCAAAUAAUACUUGUUUGUGUGGACAAUCUUAUUAAUAUCUAUUUUCAAAUCACCCUUGAUUGCCUCUCAAUCAAGUUUAUAAGGACAAAAUAGAUUUUAUGGGAACGCAUUAGUUAGAUCUUCUAGUUUGGUGAGCUUCAACAUUGGUUAAUCACAUCCUUCCCUUCUUUGUUAUGCAAACUGAACUUUUUGUUUCCUUUCCAUUUUCUGCAGUGUUUUCUCAAUUUUGUCAAUCUUUGAUGCUUUCUAUAUUCCCUGCAUUUACAAGCCUAUUUUGUCAUAUUGUAGACAGCUCCUUGGAGUAAAAUCAUUUUACUUUCUGGAAGAAGAAUUAAUGUGCUUUGAGAGAAGGGUUGCAAUGUGCAAUGGUGCUAUAAAACAAAAAGAGAUUGUCUUCAAGAAAAUUAAUUGUUUUAAUUCUGUCAAUUUUUCUCUGAAAUGAAGUAAAUGUGACAUUAUAAAGUUUAAUUAUACCACAGCUGAUUUGACUGAUUCAAUAAUUUGUAUCACACAAUUGUUUUGGAAGUCUGAGACUUGUGGUCUUGCUAAAAAGACAGUCUUCAAACCCCCCCAAAAAGGAAAAAAGCUAUUUAUGAUCAGGGUUCUUUGUAAGUGGUGAAGUGCAGAGCUGUCAUCAGAUUGAAGUUUCUCUACAGUAAUUACUUGUAAGCAACAUCUUUCUGAACAGAGAAAAUUCCUCAUUAAAAAUACAACUACAAUUUGUUGUUUUCUCUGCUUAUUGUUUCUCGAUGGUUGUUUUCUCCAAACUUUCCUUUUUAUGGCAAGUUAUUUUAGAAAAUCAAUAAAAGAUCACUAUAGAAUA